AUGGCUAAAAUCCAAAUUUUUUUGCUUCACGUUUGGUUGCCUCUUGCAAUGGAAGGUCCUACACCCGUUAGCGCUUUAAUACAUGCUGCCACCAUGGUAUGCACUACGAAAGAUAAUAAUAUAAAUAUCCUUAUUUCGUUACUGUAUACUCAGAUGGGGAAUCAAAGAAAUAUCAAGAUUAAUAAAGAAAUGGUCCAACUUACGUCAUUAUAA